AUGCCGUCCAAAGCGCAGUGUUGGGUCGUAUCGUACGCUCGCGCGCGCGAGGGCGCGCCUCGCUCGGGCUCUCAAGAGGGAUUGCUCACGAUUCCGAUGCAUUCACAAGUGAUGCUGUUACACACCCAUCCCGACGGAUCCCGUCUGGCACAUGCGGCGUACGUCGCCGGACUCUCUCCUGGAAAACGCAUUCGCGUCGGUGAUUAUGAUUGCGAGCUUUUGAUGCUCAGUCCGCACGGAGGCGGAGGUAAUCCGGCGUAUUCGGCAGCGUUCGUUCGACCGGGAGACAUCAUUCCACAACAGCCGUCACAGGACAGUGCGUCCUGGCUCGAGUGGUUUCUCGAUGAAGAAGACGAUAGACCCGUCGUGCAGCUUCGAGCGCCACCUCUUCCGCGCGCGGAAGAUCCGCAGCCAUCUUCGCCGAUUCCGUUCGGAUUUGGAGUCACCACGUACGACGAAAGAGGAGGAUACGCGCCGCACGCGCGUGGCGGGCAGCAGACUCUCGGUGGACAGAGAAUGGCAUACGAACAAGGUUCGCGCGCGUAUGCGACGCGUUUAGCGCCGGCUAGCGUGCCGGUGUAUGAGCAGGAUCAAACAACGUGUUCGGCUCCUGUGCCAUCACCAACAUCAGCGCCGAUCGCUGAGCGUCGAGUCGAGACCGAGCGAGCGCCUCGACCCGCGCGAGCUUCAGUGUUUGAGGAGGAGUUCCUCGACGAAGAAAAUUUUGAACGCGAAGUGCGAUUUGUAGGAAAUGUACUCGAGGGCGGCGUCGCGAAUGUGAAACGAAAUGCGCUUCCGUCCACAAACGACUCGAGUGGCGAGGCUGGAACAGCGGAUGAGAUGGAGGCGCUUCGCAAACAGCUCGCCGAGCUCGAGCGUCUAACGGGUGUGAGCGCUGACGAAGCCGAGCGCGUAUUGAACGAAAACGCGACGCACAAUCCAGAGCUGACUAAUGUGCCAAAUCUUCCCCUAGAGGUUGAACCAAUCGUGACAGAAUCAGAAUCAGCUAAAGGGGCGGAUGUGUCAUUAACGCCGAAGACGGAUUUCUUCUCUUCUGCGUCGGCUCGUUCGCAGUCGAAUGUCUCAUCGCACCACGAGGCAAAUGUUGAAGUUCCGACUGCAAUUUCAGUCGCGUCAAACGUUUUCAAAGCGAGGGAGUCGGACGCGAUUAAGAAAGCGUCGCAAAUGCCGCCGCCGGUUGUGAAAGAGCCUGUCGCGUGCGCACCGGUCGUCCGUGCUGCGGCACAGAAGGUUAUAACGCCGCCAUCAGCGGCGAUACCGUUGGUCACUGCUGUUACGCCGUAUGAAGUUGAAACAAACGAUGCGUGGGCAGCCGCCGUGGCGCGGCGGAAUCGCUCGGUCGAGGAGGAAAGCGAUAUCGACGACGACUUGGAUGAUUUAGCCGACGUGGAGAGACCGCAAGCGGUAACGAUCGUAAAACCGUCGCAGCCGACCAGGGUGAAAAUAGAUGGAGCGACAGCGGCAAUGCGAGAGCCCGAACUCGUCAAACGCGAGAGCCCAGUGUCUUUGCCGAAGGGUGAAAAUAUCUCUCCGAGCAUCACAGCGCGCGCGGCUGUUUUUGAGGGCUCGGCGCCGAUAAAAACGGAUGAUGAUGUCGAAUACAAAACAGGGUCCGUAGCUCAGCGCGCGAGCAUUUUCGGAGCGCAAGCGUCAUUGAAAAGACGAUGA